AUGUUCCACACUGUAUCGGCCACCCGCACUCUUGCUAGCGUCGGGCGCUCGCUCAUCCGCGGUCGUGGCACCCAUGCUAGACCUUUCUCGUCGAGUCCCAUCGCUCGUCGUGCUGCGCCUCUUUCGGCGGCUUCGUACUCCCCGUCCCGCUCCCCUUCAUCAACGUACCCGCCCUUCCCGGACGACGUCCCGACCCACCCGCUCAUCGUCAUCGACUACGAGCGCAUCCGCGCCGGGGACCCGACCGAGAUCGACCAGCUGUGGAAGGCGGCGACGACGCUUGGAUUCUGGUACCUCAAGAACCACGGCACGGAGGCCGAGGUGGACAAGGUCUUCGCCGUCGGGGACGCGUUCAUGCGCCUCCCGCUCGAGGAGAAGAUGAAGUACGAGCAGGGUGACUCGGGGAAUUCGUUUGGAUACAAAUACGCUGGCGCCAACGCUACCGACGCCGCCGGCACGCCCGACACCAUCGAGUUCCUCAACAUCGCGCAGGAUCACGUACUCGCUCCUGCGCUCUUCCUGCCCUCCACUGCUCCCACCUCUUCCAUCUGCCCUUCUUCCAUCUCCUCCUCCUCCUCUCCCUCCUCUUCCAUCUCCUCCUCCUCCUCUCCCUCCUCUCCCUCUUCCUCCUCCUCCUCCCCCUCCUCUCCCUCCCACGCCAGCCACCCCCACUACGACCCCUCGACCUCCCCCUACCCGCCCACCGUCGACCUCCCCCUCGUCGCCGCCUUCAUCCGCCGCUCGCGCGAGAUCAACCUCACCCUCAUGCGCGCCCUGGGCUGCCGGCUCGGGCUCGGGCCGCCCGCUGAAGGCGGCGCGCUCGCCGGUGAUGCUGUUGCUGCUGGCGCCCCUGAUGCUGUUGCUGCUGGCGCCGUUGAUGCGCUCGCCGCUGACGCCUUCAAUGCGCCUCCCACCAUCGAUAUCGACCCCCUCCUCGCCCGCCACGCGCUCGACCUCCCCUCCGGCAGCGAGCUCCGCUUCACGCGGAACGCGGUCCCGGCGGGGCUGGCGGAACCGCUCCCCGCGCACGCCAUCUGCAACAUCGGCGACGCGCUCGCCAUCCUCAGCGGCGGCGUCCUGCGCUCGACCCUAUCACUCACCAUCCUCACCCAGCCCUCCCCCGCCCCCCCGACCGCUGGCGAGUGGUCGACGCCCCCGACCGCCGGCGAGUGGUUCGCGCGCCGCAUGCGAGGCUGGAGGAUCAGGAAUCGGGAGGGACCCCAGACCUGGAUAGCCAGCCGCGGCACCGAAGGGAGGGCGGAGGAAGAGAUCUCGGAUGAGGGGGAGAUUACGGACGAGGACGAGGGGGAGACUUCGGACGAGGGGGAGACCUCGGACGAGGGGGGGAUUCCGGACGAGGGGGAGACUCCGGACGAGGGGGAGGCGCGACGCCGAUGA